UUUGUUUUGUUUUGUUCUAAUACGGAGAACCAUUUAGAAAGUCUAAAGUCCAGUGAAAAUACCAGUGGGUUCGCUUAACUCAGGUUAGCUUGGUAUGCUUCUCUGACCUGGCCCUGGCUCGGGAGUACACGUUUUCUGAAUCUUACAGGACCUGCCUGACAUGCAAGAGCUCAUCACUCAAGUGUGGUCAGAGAAGUGCUCCCUGCAGGCCGCAGCCAUCCUCGAUGCAAAUGAUGCUCACCAAACAGAGACCUCCUCCUCCCAAGUCAAGGACAAUAAGCCUCUGGUUGAACUGUUUGAGACAUUCUGCCUGGACCCUUCCCUUGUCACCAAGCAAGCCAACCUUGUGCACUUCCCACCAGGCUUCCAGCCCAUCCCCUGCAAGCCUUUGUUCUUUGACCUGGCCCUCAACCAUGUGGCUUUCCCACCCCUUGAGGACAAGUUGGAACAGAAGACCAAGAGUGGCCUCACUGGAUACAUCAAGGGCAUCUUUGGAUUCAGGAGCUAACCAGGCUCUUCCUCGGGGGCAGGGGAGAUUCUGACUGUUAAUCUGUAUUGUGAGAAAAUCCCAGCAAGUUCCAUGAUAUUAAAUCCAGGUCUGCAUUGGCCUGGGGCAAGAGUUUAACAUCUUCAGCCCUGCAUUCCUACAGCCUGUGUCUGUACACAUUCUUAAGCAGUGAGUUAGGAGAGCA